AUGUUCACCAAGGCCGUCUUCACGAGCGCUCUUCUCUCCGCCGUCUCGGCUCACCAGAACCUCCACCAGCUUUGGGUCAACGAUGUCACGCCCGGAUACCAGGUCGGCAUCCGGAUGCCACCCUCCAACAGCCCCGUAGUCGAUUUGACGAGCAACGACAUGGCCUGCAACGUUGGCGGCUCCAAGGUUCCAUCUGGUGUCAAGACAAUCGAGGCCAACGAGGGUGACAAGAUCAAGGUCCAGUGGGAUAACUCUGGGCACCCGGGACCGAUCACUCACAUGCUUUAUGGUCCCGUCGAUGAUGCUUCGCAAGCCACUGGUGUUGGUGCCGGAUGGUUCAAGAUUGACGAGAUGGACUUUGUUGAUGGAAAGUGGGCUUCUGAGAUCAUGCAAGCAGCCAACAUGACGCACGAAUUCCCUCUUCCCACUGGCCUUGCCAGCGGCGAGUAUCUGCUCCGUUCAGAGAUGCUGGCACUCCACUCUUCUCAGACAAAGGGUGGCGCGCAAUUCUACAUUGGCUGCAUGCAACUGAAGAUCAAGGGCACCGGCAGCAAGGGCUCAUGCACACCUACCAUCUCGCUUCCCGGCGCCUACAAGGCUGACGAUGCUGAUAUCUACAUCCCCAACUACUACAACGGAUACGUUGCUACCGGCUACAAGGCUCCCGGUGGUGCUGUUGCUACUUGCGGUGGUGCUGGUGGCGCUGCUCCCGUUGCUCCUCCCGCCUCCAACUCAACUGAGCCUGCUCCCUCUUCGAUUGCCGACGAGGCUGCUGCCCCUACUCUGGCGCCCACCGUCCCUUCUGGCAAUGAUACUCUUCCAUCGGCCCCGGCUGUCCCCAGCACGUUUGCCACCCUCCCCAGCCCAUCUGCUGGUGUUACAGCUCCCGCUGAUGCCGUCCCCACUGGCUCUGUGGGAACUGCUAAGCUCUACUACCAGUGCGGCGGUAUCAACUACAAUGGUCCCACUGAAUGCGAGGGCACCGCCAAGUGUGUCAAGCAGAAUGACUUCUACUCGCAGUGCAUCAACUAG